CCCAAAAAACAAACGAAUUUUGUAUUUUUAAAAGCAAAUGUUUAAAAAUAUUAAGAAGCACUUAUAGCCAGGCGACGACAGAGAGAAAAAAUGCCCGAAAAAGAGACAGGGAAUAUCUAAGAUUUUAAGAACUAAGCCUGCUUCAAUUUGAAUUUAUAUCAUACAAUUACACAACAAACAAAAAACACCCACAAAAAAAGUAUAAAAAAAUUUAUAAAAAAUUUGCUAAAAAAAUUAUAUGUUUGAUGUUUGCUUUCAAUGAUGCAUAAACAUGAUUUUCUUUGCCCGUCAGCGAAAUUCGUUGAAACUUACCUACACCCCAGAAAAUUUCGGGUUUCAGGCGGAAUUGGUGAUUAUGCAAAAUCGGUUUCGGUUUUUUCAAUGAUUUCUUGCAUUUUUGGGAAACCCCAUGGAUGCUGAACCAAAAUGACCGAAUUCGAAGUGCGUCAUCACUUCAACGCCGAUGGAUCACGAUCCGCAAAUCAAGGCCUUCAUUGCAACAUCGUUAACAUCCGCUAAUUGUCAGAGCAAUGAAUAAUGAAAGUUCCGAUAUUUGUAUUUAUUCAUUCAUAUCUUCAGGGUGAAUCGGUCGGCAGUUCGAGAGAUCUCUGGUAGAUGUGGGCAGCUUCGCUGUUUGACCAUCAAUAAUCCAGUUAAGGCCGAGUUCGACAUGGUGGUCUGACUCUCUCGGCAAAAUGGAUUCACAUUUCUUAUAAAUUAAUCUUUAAUUCCCAUUCCAUCUGUCCACCGUCCACCGGCAUUUCUCUUCGCCUUCUCGCGACGUGAUGCCAUAAAAUAGUUAUUAAAACUUUAAGUGGUGUGUUAAAUUGCACACUAAAAAGCUCAAGUCAUUAUUUACAUAAUUUACACUAUUAUCCGAGUAUGAAUGUUGGUGAAUGUUUGUUUCUUACGGAGCAUAAGCAUGAUCAGAAACCGCCAUUUCAAGUUUAAAAAAGAUUUCUUUUUAGUUUUGGUCAGGCCAAGAAGCUUGGUGCUUUACGUUUCAUGGAAGCUACAAUUCAAUAAUUGGCUAGUAACAAUUAGUUCACAUAUAAGUAAUUUGAAAUACACAUUUAUGAAGGCUAAAAUUAUAUUAUUUUUAAUAAAAUACGAAGGCUGGGGCUGCCAUUAGAUUAAAAACUUUUUAAAACAGGGAAAUAUUUAAAAAAAAACCUUACAUAAACGAAUGGAAAAGUACUCACAAUACAUUAUUUCAAAGUUGAGUUUUAAAGAAUAGAAACAUGAAAAUGUUUUCGAUAAGAUUAUGGUGACUUUGCCAUGAGAUAAGAAAUAGCAUAAAAUCAAAAAUGUGGCCCACACGAUCUCUUCUGAAAAAUUUGGUAAAUAUCCAAAUAAAUAUGUACCUAUAGUACAUUUUUUUCAUUAGUUUUCGCUUCAAUUGACAGACCCUUGAGCCGCGUCAAUUACCUAAGUCUGGGGCCAAUUUGAUGGAGUGCAAACAGUGGGUCGACUGGCGGGCGUUGACGGACCACAAAAGCGGCGAGAGAAACACUGAUACCAUUGAACAGCCCAAUGACUUACAUUUGCCAAGAGCCAAGCGAAGGAGAAAGUGAAAUUUUGCAUUUCUCGGCGGCCGGCAGCAGCAGAGACAAUAACAACGUCAAUGGGUUUGGUGUCUGGGCCAUUGCCAUCGGCGGCGACCGGUGAGCGGUAUGGAGAGACCCGAGCGGACCAGAUCGGACCGGCUGCAGGCCCAAAAGCCAAGCUCAGACUUCAGUCGCGGUUUUCAGCUCGACACAAGCAGACGGACGUCGUUAAAAACGCAGACGCGGCUUAAACCGCACGGAAAACGCACCGAAAACGAAAGUGCUUAGCGCGCGACUUGAAUCGCUAAGAGAUUUUGAAGGAGGCGGGGGCAAUAUACCCAUCCGUAAACAUUACGUGUCAUCAUGCCGCCGGCUGGGCAUCAACUCCGGCUUGCAGCCCUUGUUUACAUGGCAUUAUGUCUGCUGGGCCACGGGCUCUUAUGCAAUGCCAGCGAUGGUGAAACUAGGCAAAAAUACGCCAAUGAAUCACUCGCGGACGCAGAUGCUCCAGUUUGGUCGCAGUUUCUCGAAGACUACGUCUUGAGCCAGAGCAGCAGCAGCGGUCAGCGAAAGUCAAAAGAUCUGCCGUUUAUGGGUGGAGAUAUGGGCAUGAAUGGACCGCUAAACUAUCACUCAUCCGCCUACAAGCGACCCGGCAACAACAUCUACAUCACCCGGAGAAUUGGCGAAGCCGUGGAGCUGGAGCCACAUCUGCGAAAGCCCGUGGAGAGCCAGAGUCCGAUUGUGAAUCCCCAGUUCCGACCCAUGACCAACCAGAUGUUGCACCAGCAACAGCAGCAACAUCAACAGAUGCAACAGCAGCAGCAACAGUUGCAGCAGCGUCAGCAACCUGGUUUCCUGCAGCAACUCUUUGGCAUUGGUGGCAGCACCGGAGGAGGUGGCAAUCCUCCACAGCAAUAUGUGCGCCCGGUGCCACUGCAGCAGCAGCCAGUGCAACAGCCACCGCAGCAACACCUUCAACAGCAGCAGCAACAUGGUGUUGGAGGUGGCGGCCAGCCAACCACUUUCCGGGCUGUUUCCGAAAACGAUCUUUACUUGCUGGGAGCCAUCGAGAAAUUGGUGUACCGAGUGGACUACCUGGAAAGCCGGGUGCGGCGUUCGGAGCAGCUGAUAUACUACUUAAUGGCCGGGAACAACCAGAAGGAGGUGAAGGAUCCCUGCCCGACGAACUUCACCCGCAUCAGCGAUAAUUGCUACUACAUCAACAGCCAACAGCAGGUCAACUGGAAGACGGCAAACUCGGCCUGCAAGGCACUCAAUUCGCACCUGGCCGAGUUCGAGAAGGUGUCGGAGAACGAGGAGAUCAUGGCCUAUCUGCUCAAUCAGCCAGCUCACAGGGGUCGCGAUUACUGGCUGGGUGGCCUUAACCCGGGACUACUGUGGAUCUGGUCAAACUCCGCCAAGCCAGUGAAUCCCAACAUGAACCUCACUUCGAUUGCGAUGUCGCAAAAGGGGGAGAACUCCACGGCCGCCAACCUGGUGGACAGUUUGGAACAGGCGGCAGAAGAGGCUGCGGCCGAGGACGUGCUGAACAACACGGUUCAGAUCGAGGGCAAGGGUCGCUGCCUCCGGUUGAGCUACAAUGCCGGGAAGCACAGCUACGUGUACUUCGGACAGGAGUGCACCUCGCGGCACUACUACAUCUGCGAGCACGAGGACAAGACGCUGGACAACAAGAUCAAGAAGAUCACCCGCGAGCUAAAGCUCUUCGAGUGAGGAUGGGAUCUAAUCCGAUCCGAUCCUCAUGUGAUACUUCCAGUUACCUAGCCAUACAUGUAGAUCGCUUAAUUUCGAAUGAAUUUAUUCUUGUGUUACACAUUUAAUAUUUAUAAAUAUUUAUACAAUUAAUAAACAUAGCUGAUAGUUUUCAAAA